AUGGCUCUCUUCCUCCGCCACGAAACCACCGCUGGCUGCGCCCUGUUCGAGGCUCAUGGAAUCGACGAAAUUGGACAGAACAUUGAAGUUGUUUGGAACUCUGUUUCUGAUUUGACCAGGUUCGAUAAGGUUGUUCGGAACUCCGUUUCCAAUUUGACCAGGUUCGGUAAGGUUUGUAAGCCUCACUCUUUCAACCCUUUCACCUCUGCUCUUGAAGACCUGGAACAAAUUAAUGUCGUCUCCGAAGGUAUUCUGACUGAUGAGCUGAGAAUUGUUUCAGAGUGGAAGCAAUGUUUCACUAUGCCACCGCCAUUAAAGCCAACCCACUUUAUCUCUGAUGACUUUGACGACGAGUUGUUGUUGUUUCCGACAGAUGCAAUACGAUUCAACACUGCGGUAGAUGCUUUGAGUCCUAACACCGGCCCAUAUGACCCAGGACCACUCAAACCUCCACUCACAUCCACAAAGAGGAUUUCUACAAGGAAUUUGUCAGACAGACAGUCAUCGAUAAUCUCAACGAAUUCAAAAAUUCGGAUUUGUGCACCUACCCACAACCUUGCACCCUCUCAUGAUGUUGAUGGUUUGAUGGAGAAGAAGCAACUAUUACCAAUUUCAGAUCUGGGCACUAUCUCAAAAUCAUUUCCAACAGAGUUUGUUAGCUCCAAAGACGCUCACAUCCUCCCAAAAUUUCGUCUUCAUAGUAAGAGAGCUGAAACACAUAUAUCACUCAUAGAGUAUUCGGCAAAAGAAACAGGAAACUUUAAAUCAUUGUUGUUAAAAGAGUGGAAGUGGUAUUUGAAGGACAUGAAGUAUGUGAUUCGUGCUACCCAUGCUGAAAUAGCCCAAACUGCAAAUCCUUUGCCAAAGCCGCCGCCACUUGUGUUGUGUUGGUCAGAACCACCCAUUCAUCACCACACAAUGACGGAAAAUAGAAAGACAUGGAUUGGCAAAACAAUGGAAGAUUUCCUUCAACAGAGUUUGUGGACAAGAUAUUUGACAUCAAUCUAUUGUUCCAUCACUACUUUGACAACAGUUGGUUAUGUAGAUUUGCAUCCGGUGAACAAAAGGGAAACGCUCUUUGUCAUCUCUUACAUGCUCUUUAAUCUAAGAUUAACAGCUUAUGUGAUUGGUAAGAUGACUAACUUAGUUGUCCACGGCAGAAAUCUAAUUAGAAAAGUCAGGGAUACGAUACAAGUUGCAUCAAGUUUUUCCCAGAGGAACCAAUUGCUGCCUCUCUUACAAGAUCAAAUGCUUUCUCAUUUGUGUUUGAAGUUUAGAACAGACUCAGAAGGUUUGCAGAAACAAGAGACGCUCGAUUCUCUUUCGAAAGCUAUCCGAUCAAGCAUUUCACAUUAUCUUUUUUAUAAUUUGAUGGAUAAGAUCUAUUUAUUCAAUGGGGUUUCAAAAGACUUGCUCUUUCAAUUGGUAUGGGAGAUGAAGCCAAAGUAUUUUCCACCAACAGAAUGUGUCAUAUUGCAAACCGAAGCUCCAAUUGAUUUUUACAUUAUAGUCACCGGAGCUGUGGAUUUACUAUUUCUAAAAGGCGGGGUUGAACAUGCUGUCGGGGAAGCAAAAACAGGAGAACUUUGUGUCAAAAUUGGUGUACUUUGCUAUAAGCCACAACAUUUUACCGUUCGAACUAAGCGAUUAAGUCAACUUUUGAGGUUCAACCGUACCACCUUCAUGAAUAUUAUUCAAGCUAAUGUUGGCGACAGAACCAUAAUCAUGAACAACCUUCUUCAGCAAUUGAAAGAGCUUAAUGAUCCGAUCAUAGAGGGAGUUUUGGUCGAGACGGGAAACAUGUUAACUCGCGGAAGAAUAGACCUACCGGUGAGUCUAUAUUUUACAGCAUCAAAAGAAGAGGAUUUCUUGUUAUAUGAACUACUAAAACGAGGUUUGAAUCCAAAUGAAUCUAACAACAAUGGAAGAACAAUAAUGCAUAUAGCAGCAUCUAAAGGAAAAGAAAACUAUGUUUUGCUUCUGUUAUAUUAUGGAGCAAAUCCCAACAGUCGAGAUUCAUAUGGAAAUUUAGCACUAUGGGAGGCUAUACUUGGUGGACAUGAAACAGUAACAAAACUUUUGGUACAAAAUGGUGCUACCUUUCAAAGUGGUCAUGUUGUUGCUAAGAAUAAGGAUAUGUUGAAAAGGAACAUGAUUACCCAUGUUUUGAAUUAUGUAGGUUUUGUGUGUCAUGAGUAUUCCAAAGCUGAUUUUAUAUAUAGAACUUUGUGGUUACAAGAUAAUCCUAGUGAGGUUCUACAUAUGUGUGUGUUCUAUCAUGCAAGAUUGGUUCAAUAUUGUGGGAAUGGUUUCAAAGAAAAAUUUAAAGGUCUACAAUCAAGUUGGCUUCUGUUGAAGUUUAUGCAAAUUUCAAACUCAACUUUUAGAGACAACAUUGACUCAUAUCUUUGGAAAGAAAUGUUUUUAGUGGCUCGAGUUGUAAAGAUUAAACUGUCUCAGUUUAAGAGGUGGGAUCCGGGAAGAAGAAAAAAAAAAUUGUGA